CUAACAGUUACAUAUGUUUAUUCGUAAAAAGUAGAACUUUUAUAAAUAAGGGAGAAUUGGUGGCAAAUCGAGCCACAGGUCGCUCCAGCUGUACCGCCUGAAUAGGAUAUAGAAUAUUUCGACCUCUGCCUUUUUCACGAUAGAAGGAACCAAGCACAAUGAAUGGAAGCGUUGCGGAGCCUACGGAUUUCCAAGCGGCCACUGCCGCCGCGGCAGCAGCUGCACUGGCAAGUAGUGCGGAACAGGACGAGUGGAGCGUGGGCGAGUGUGGGUUUCUGGAUCCCGAUGUGCAGCGCACAAUGAGAAGCGGCAGUGCUGCCGAGGACAUUACCCAGUACCCAAUGCACGGCUGGGUGGACGUCACCCGGGAGUUUCACGACGCCUGCGCUGAGCUGCAGCCCGGAGAACUUGCCCAGGACAUGCUGUUCGGUCUUUUUGAGGCCAUGUCGGCCAUCGAGAUCAUGGAUCCCAAGAUGGACGUGGGCAUGGGCUUCGACAAGCUGGACCUGCCGCCGCCGUCCUUUGAGGCAGCCAUUGCGACGGGCGCCAUCAAGCUGGACGAUCUCACGCCCUCCGAACUGAUCGGCAUCUACGAUGCCUUGUUUUCCUGCCUCGUGUCCUGGCUGGAGGGCAACUCCAUGGACCAGGUGCUCUUUACCUGCCUCUACCUGCACGCUCCCUCUCAGAUCAAGGAUAAGGCAUUGCGCGUCUUCUGCACUGCCGUGCGCAAUCUCAUCGUUGUCAUCAAGAACAUCAUUGCCGUGGCAGCCGUCAACGAAGAGGAGGACUUCCAGUUGUACGGCAACUCCGCUCUCUUGGCCGCAGAGAAGGCACAGCCGGGGACGGUCUACAGUUUGCUCAAAGAAGUGGAAGACGAACUGGUGCGAAAGUGCAAGAAGCUAACUACCACGGAGGACUGGAUGGCCGUGGUUCAUCGGCUGCGGUUUAUGCGGCACCUCUUCCAGGUUAUCUACCACGUGGAGCAGAUGGCCAGCUCCGACACGGUAGACGAUAAGGUCGAUAUCUACAAAAUCCUGCUAGUGGCUUCGGAAAUGCUUCCGGGCAUAAGAAACACAUUGGAUCGGGGCACCCAACCCGAGAAGGGAUCUGAAGCCCCGAACCCCAUGGGCUUCUCACCCCGAAUCCACGAUCGUAGUCAGCCGCCCGCUUUUCCGCGAAGCAUCAAGAUCAGAGAUCGUCCGGCCAGCUAUCAGUUCCUCGAGGAAAUGAUUUCGCGCUUCAAGUACGCAUGUAAGGUUACUAAGUACAAGGACUACUACUCGGCACUGAACUUCUUCAUUGAGUACAGCAAAAAGUCGGGCCAGUGCAUCCUGUCCAGAAGCGUUCUGCAGACUUUGUUUAGCGCCAACAUGAGGGUAGCGCACGGGAAGCUUCCCAUGAAGCAGUUCCUGCGCCACUCAGUGCAGACAUUCAACUCGCCGCCCGUGCUAAAUAUUAAGCAUCCCGUGUCCGCCGACCCCAAGGUUCAGCAGCACCUUGAAAACUUCUUCCGUUACUGCAUCAAUAUGAACACCUUCACGCAAUUUAUCCGCAUUUGCGGAUUCAAUCGCGCUAGGCAGCGCGACAAGCUGGCCCGCCUGAUUGAGCACUUUGACACCAUCCAAGUAGACGCGGCGCGGCUGGACUCGUUGAUGAACCAACUGGCCAACGAACGGGCGAUGGAGGGCAACGAAACAAUGGCAACCGCCCUAAAGCACAGCACCCACUUCUCCACCUGGGUGCUGUACAACUGCUUCCGUGCCAUGCUGAUCUUCCUAAUGUCCGGCUUUGAACUGGAACUGUACGCCGUGCACGAGUUCCUCUACAUCUACUGGUACCCAUACGAGUUUUUGAUCGGCUUCCUGGUCUCCGCGCUGACACGCACGGAGAACAUCCUGCUGGCCCAGGAGGAGUACGCCGAGCACCAGAGCAAGAUCCUGUCGGGCGGCGGUGGAGCAGCAAAGAACCGCAAAGCAGCCAAGCCGAAGAAAAAUAAGAAGCAGCAACGUCCCUACCGCGCCGAGAUCGUCUUCUACCACGCCCUCCUCAGCCUCUGCGGCGGAAUGUACAAGGCCAUGGGCGCCCUAACGAAAGACGGACGCGUCCGACUGCCGUUGUCCAAGUUCGACAACGAGGAGAUCCGCUACAACCGUCGCUUCCUGCCCUUCGCCACGCUCACCAGCCCACCUCCGGUCUCAUACGCGGAGUUCAAAAACAUUCGGGAGCACAUGAUGCGGCCCAGCGUGGAGGAUCUGUACACCUAUGCGGCUAAGCACUUCGACCAGGCCCGCAAUGUCCUCGAGAGCAUUCAGAACCCUGAUCAGGAGAUGCUCGACCUUCUUCAAAUUGCGCGAACCAACUUUGUGGUAAUGAAUGUGCUGGCUCGCGGUCACCAGAAGGAAGUAAAGCGCCAGCCCGAGUUUGACUUCUCGAAGCAUAGCUACUUUCCCAUCAUAAAGCUGAAGUAGAUGUUCGUGUUCCGUAAUUGACAAGAAUAAAAUUUAAAUGUAUGCAUUUUAA